AUGCAGGAAGCGCUCAGAUCACCAUAUUACAAGGCGCACAGCAUCUCUGCCUCUUUAUCUCAGAAAAACACCAAGUUAUUUGUGUUUACUGACUGUUCUGCAUUUCUAUUUUGUCUCAUUGCUCUGUUUCUCUUUGCAGAGAUUCGAGAGGCAUUCCGAGUUCUAGAUAGGGAUGGGAACGGAUUCAUCUCGAAGCAGGAGCUGGGUAUGGCCAUGCGCUCUCUGGGGUACAUGCCCAGUGAGGUGGAGCUGGCUAUUAUCAUGCAGAGAUUGGACAUUAACGGUGAUGGACAGGUGGACUUUGAUGAAUUUAUGACAAUAUUGGGACCUAAACUUGUUUCUUCUGAAACCAGAGAGGGCUUCCUAGGAAAUACAAUAGACAGCAUAUUCUGGCAGUUUGACAUGCAACAGAUGUCCCUGGAGGAGCUCAAACACGUCCUGUUCCACGCCUUCAGAGACCACCUCACCAUGAAGGACAUAGAGAAUAUUAUCGUCACCGAGGAAGAGAGCUUGAAGGAGAACUCAGGAAACUGCCAGACCGAAUUUCAGGGAGUGCAUUCAAAAAAGAAGAAUCGCCAGACGUGUGUCCGCAAGAGCCUCAUCUGCGCUUUUGCAAUGGCCUUCAUCAUCAGCGUCAUGCUUAUCGCAGCCAAUCAGAUGUUACGGAAUGGCAUGGAGUAGCCCCGCCCACUGUGAACCCUGCUUGAUCUGACCUCUCUUAAGAAACAUGCAUCAAAAACUCCACUUUCUUUUAGUUCAAAGAGCGUGGGGAGCCCACCAAGCAGAGUAUGUGAAUCCCAAGAGCCAGUUUUGUUUUUUUAUAUUUAUUAUGGCGAUUGUGAUUGUGACAGACUCUGAAACGGCAGUGAGGGAUGUCCUCCAUCAUCAGCUUGACAGGAACAUGCAAGGGCUCCACACUGAAUACCAUUUAAUGCAAUAACAUCCCAUGUCCCUCCACGCUGCAGCGUGUUUUUCUCAUUCCUGUCUUUGGAAGGCGAAGACUUUGUACUUUAUCUCGCUCCAAGUCAAGUCAGAUGGGAACGAUGAGGAGUGAUUGGCAGCCUGUCCAAUGGAGCUGCUGCAGGAUGUCUGGUAUCAAGAGCGUGCGCAUGCUCAUCUCAAAUGGACUGUAUGUUUUGUUCACAGCAUUGCAUUGUUGAAGCUUACUUAUGAAAUUUAUUGAAGAUAUUGUUUAAUGUUGAAGGGACUGUGGGUAUUUUUGGAAUAGCAUACUACAAUACUAUUACUUUUACAGUAUGUAAGGAAAAUCACAAAUUAACAAAAUAUACAGGAUACAUCAGGAUCUGCAUGGAGUACUGUAUUCCACGGUGCAUAGUAAGAUUUUGGGGGAGGUGCUUUUAGUUGAUCAAUAGUGACAUUUACAACAUUUAUAAUGUUAAAAAUGAUAUUCUGAUAUAUACAGAGUCCUGCCUGACGCGUGGGAAUAUAUAUGGC